UUGAAUGUUGAAUUUUCUUAAUCAGUAAAGCCUUUAAAAUAAAGUUUUUCAGAAAAGAGACAAACAGAUUCUGUGUUUUUGCUCUAAAAUCGAGAUUAUAAGGAAAAAAGAGCAGUUCGAUGGGGACUCUCACCACCCACACGAGGGGUUCUCGAUUUGCAGGCACACACACGCACACAUGUAUAGAUAUAGAGAGAGAAACUUAUAGAUAUAGAGAGAGGGAGGGAAAAAAAUGUUUGUUUAAGGUCUCAAAACAUGGACCAAACCUCAAAUAAAUUGAGGACAAAAGAGGGUUUGUUAGAGAAAAACACAUUCUAUUCCUCGUCACUUUCUUUUGAGGUUAACUGAAAACCCCCCUUUCCCAUCUUUUCCGUUUCAAAAACCUUGAAGAGACAAAAAAUCUAAAUUUGAACCCACAAAAGAAUUGAGAUUUCUGUCUGUUGUAAGAAAUCCCUUUCCUGGUCUUGUUGGCAUUGUGUAAGCAAUAAAGGAAUAUGUCAUUUUUUUAAUAUUCAGUCAAUUUUCUUGCUAGAUUGUCAAUUUUCUUGCAAGUUUCUUUUCAUAGAUUUGCAGUCAUGAUGAGAGAGAUUUCCUGUGGAUUUCAAGAUUUGACAUUUAUUGCCCAUUCUGAGAUGGCGUUUCAGUAUUUGAAUGCUCCAUUAGAGCAAAAUCUGAGAAGGCCUUGGCUUUCAACUACAAUGGGAGAGGGAAGAUCAAUAAAGUGGAAAAAUGAUGUGACUGAGAAUGAAGAGACUGGGAGAAAAACCGGACAUAGAAAGCUAUGUGCCAGAGGCCAUUGGAGACCUCAUGAAGAUGCUAAGCUCAAAGAACUUGUUUCUCAAUAUGGUCCUCAAAACUGGAAUAUUAUUGCAGAAAAACUAGAAGGAAGAUCAGGGAAAAGUUGCAGAUUAAGAUGGUUUAACCAGUUAGAUCCAAGAUUAAACAGAAGGGGUUUUACUGAGGAAGAAGAGGAAAAGCUUUUAGCUGCACAUAGAAUGUAUGGUAACAAAUGGGCUAUGAUUGCUAGGAUUUUCCCUGGAAGAACUGAUAAUGGAGUCAAGAAUCAUUGGCAUGUGAUAAUGGCAAGAAAAAAUAGAGAGCAAAAUAGUUUUUAUAGAAGAAGAAAACUCUCUUGUUCAAGGGUCCAAACAAAGGGAUUUUCUUUAAAUAACAUAGAAAAUUAUGCUUGCAUUGAGUCAACCAUGACUAAUGACAAUAUUAUUGAUCAAUCUGCUGCCUCAAACUGCACUGAUCUUUCCCUCACUCCCUCUUCUGUUAAAAUGUUUCAGUUUUUCAGCAGGUUUAGACCUGUCCAGCAUCACAAUCUAUUGGAAUCAAAGAUAGUUUUAACAGGAGAAGAAAAGGUUCUGGCUCAUAGUAAUCGUCAGGACUAUGGUAAUAAGCCAAUGGCACAUGCUGCAGAAGUGGAUCAAUCAGGUCACUCAGAUUCAAAUUCUGAAGUUACAGCGGCAUCUGAAUCAGUAGCCAACUAUAGGGCCAAUCCCUACAUGUUUGGGGAAAAUGAGAAUGGAAAAUUUGAGAAGAACAACAUUGCAUUCAUUGAUUUUCUUGGAGUAGGAGCUACUUGAGGAAUACUCAAUGUGUUAAAUGUGUUUUGUGGGUGGGCAUGGGCGUGGGGGUCCUAGUUUACAGUGAAAAUCUUGAAAGUUAAAAUAGUAGCAGCAGAUAUAUUAAAGAGGCUAGCUGCCUAUUCUGUAUCUCUCCUUUUGAGCUUGGUACAUGCAGAAAAAGUGGGAUAUGCAUGCAGGGGGUUUGGGUGUCUCUUGAGUCUGCACGCACCGUAAAUUCCAUUAAUGGAAAGAAGUUACAGCAGUGAAAAAUCUUGAAAAGAGAAGAUUAAGCAGAAUUCAUGUGGAAUAUUCUUGCCAGUUUUCUCUACUGAUAAUGCAAUAAUUUAUUUCUGCUUAUAUUCUGGAAAAGUAGAAGUAUUUCCCCCCUCGCCCCCCCUUUUUUAGCCUACAACACUGACGAAUCAAUCAAUGAAUCUGCCUUUCUUUUCAAUUUUAUGUCAUGGUA